UCUAAUUUCUGAGCCGAGAUCAACCGGGGAUUCAGCAAUAACAGGAAAAAAAUAAUACCAAGACUACAGCCAGGGGAGGGAGGGCGUCCGGACGCGAGGGCAGCUGCUUGCAGUUUGCAAAUGGUGCAUAUCUUCUGAGAAGACCUGAGACACUAUUCACAUCACCACCACCUCCUGCUCUGCCUCCCCCUCCAUCCUUUUUUGGGGGAAGGGUCUUUUUUUCAAUCGUUUCUAUUAUUGAUCUUAGUUGAUUUCAAUUAAAACUACCUCACAGACUCUGCCUAAAGCUGGUGCUUAAUAAUAAUAAUAAUCUUGUGGGUUUUCUUUUUGUGUGUGUGGUGUUGUUUACAAAACAUUUGAUGACAUUAAAGGCAAGAAAUGUGGAGAACCAAGUUUAAGAUUGGAACCCUGAGGAACUGAGAGGACGGCAAUGGUCAGAUUCUUCCACCCUUAACCAUAAUGGAGAAGGCUUUGUGAACAGGUGAUCUGUGUAUCAGCAGCUCAAGAGCUGUUGAUGGGCAUCUUAAGGGCCCCUGCUCUCCCUCCUUACAGUUCUGUUUCUUUAAACCACGCUUGGACUAAACAGCCCUUUGGAGGACACCUUCAAAUAGAGGACUGCCCUCUGUAAGGCCUUUGCACUGAAGCCAAGUGAAGAACCUUAUGAUUGCACUAUCUACGUAACUCAACUCAGAUAAGACUCCGCUUAGGAAAACAAGCAGCUCCCGCCCUUGGCAAGGAAUCCGUCCAUCCAACACUCCCCAACUCGUGCUCCUGCCUCCACACCAGCUUGCACACGCUCAAGCCAGCGCCUACAAACUCAUCCCCGCCUUUCGUUCCCAAGUCCACCUCUGAAAUAAGUCUCCAGCCAUGUUCCAGCGCCUCACCAGCCUCUUCUUCAGUGACAGCAGCGCACCUGAGGACCUUGAGGAGCCUAAGCCGUUUGUCUCUAAAGAGGAAGAAGAAGAUGGGUGGCUCAUUAUUGAUCUUCCAGAUAGUUACGCUUCAGCCUCCAGUAAGGAGCGGCGGGUAGGUGAGAAGGAUUCUGUUUGUGCUUCUCGUUGCCGCCGUGGGUCCCCUCCACCUACCACGUCUUCGCCCCACUCCCUCAGUGACUGUGUCAGCAGGUCCAUGCCCUCUCAGCCUGACCCCUGCUUGAUGGACGAGAGUUGGUUUGUUACCCCUCCCCCCUGUUUUACUGCAGAAGGUCCUGACCCCGUCAGCAUGGAGAGCAACCCCAUGGAGGACCUUUUGAUUGAACAUCCCAGUAUGUCCGUCUAUGUCACCAGCAGCAGCAUCAUUGUGGAAACGGAAAAUCCUGAGGAGCACAUCCCUGAAGGUGAGGUACCUGAACGCCGUUUGCAGCGUCAUGCCCCUCACCACUCCACCUCUCUUGCCACCAAGGCCGCCAUAUUGGAGAAGGUCAACCAAGUGCGUCGGAUUCAGAGGGCAAAGCAGCUGUCGGAGAAGCACAAGUUCAGUCAGAAAGUCAUGCAGCGGCAGAACCGCACCAGAGAGUGCCGCCCGCGCCGGGCCAAACACCAAGGCAGCUUUGUCUACCAGCCAUGCCAGCGCCAAUACAACUACUAAGCUACUUCAGGAAGUCUACACUGUGGGGCAUUAUCCUUUUAACUUUCAGCUUCACCAGUUCCUCACAAUGCUUUCUUCAGCCAAGAGGGUCAUCUUCGUCCAUUUUCUGAAAUAAACCCAGUGCCCUCACCCCUUUGAGAAAACCUCCUACAUUCUCCUGAACUGGCAACGUUCAAUAGUUGUUCUUUUGUGGGCUUUUCAUGGGCUUUAUAUCUCCACCUCCACACCCCUUUUUCAGCAAGAAAUACAUUUUCUGAUUUACAGCUUCCUUUCCUUUUUGGGUUUAAUCUUCCCCAUUCCCAUCCCUCCAUCCACAAGCGUGGAUUUUGAUUUUGAUCUGAAGGUGAAAGAAACCCAACAUGACCCAGUAAAAUAUCCCAGUAAUAAGGCUGCAGGUCUAUUUUGAAACUCCAAUGUGGGUUGUUGUUGUUUUUAAAGAGGUGUUGGAGAAAUAUGCAUGCCUCUUAGUUACCAAGAAAGGCCAUUUAUCCUUGGUUAUAUUCUUGGUCACCAAGCGGCAUGAAAUCACACACUGGUUAUUGUAGGAAUAACCGGUGUUAGACUAAUUGGUGCUUCCAGUGAAUAUAUCACAUUUCAAUUUCUUUCCAGUGAGUUACGUACAUAGUAGGGCCAAAUGGCCUUGUCAUUUCCUUGGGUCCCUUGUUGUUGCACUAGGGAGCCUAUGACAUCAGUGCCUUUCUUUAUGACAUCACACUCUCUACAGUGUGGUGUCACAAAUUGAGAUACCAGGUUCAUGUGCAAACUGGAAAACAAAAAUAACAAAUAAACCGAACAAGUCCCAAUGGAACUACUUAAAACUAUAUCUUAUGGCAGAUGUCCUUCCUUUAAAAAUUCACAAAUUGCACAUUUGUUCCUUUCACUGGGCUGAUGUGGUGGCUAGUCAUGAGGCAUUCUGGCAUAUCUUUAAUUUUAUUGGGGCUGUAAGACCCAUGAAAAUCCAAGGGAGUUUUGCCAUUGACUUCAAAUAGAAGAUGGAUUGUGUCUGAAUCUUCAGUUCAGUAGUGUCAUGUGAUGUGAAAUGGACCCUUUGAAAGUUCAUUUUGAGCAGCUGUAGCUGCCAGCAGUGGUUUAUGGGUGCUGCAGAAGUUCACAGUUAUUGAAAGGUCAAACUUGUAUUAACGUUGUUCUUAAUCACACAUGACCUUUUUGAAAGGCAGUGGGCUCUUCCUCCCUCUGAUUACUUGCAUAAAAGCUAUCCUAGUUUUUCUUGUAGUAUCAUUCAUGUGGCUCCAUAACUACAUGAGCAAGUGUUUAAACCCGUGUGUACAGAGCACAGUUGAAUGUGGUACUUUUUAGAAGGACAUCAGUGUGUGUGUGAAUGUAAAAUAAAAUAACUUCUAACAAGGAAAAAAACCCACAAACUUUAAAAUCCUAACUUUGCAUCUUUAUCCCAUGCAUUUUAUCCUGAGGCUGAUCAUGGCAAACUUCCUCUAAUGAAAAUAUUUCAUUGUCCUAAGGAAGGAAAAUAUUAAAAGUCACCUGAAUAAAAUAAAAACAGACAUUUGACAGAGACUCUUGUUCUGAGGACUUUUAUCAGGUUGAGUUCUAAGGGCACCAACCAGAUAAGCCCAUGACAAUUGCUUCAAUGGGAAACAGAUAUGUAAAUAGUCACAUUUCUUCCACUGAUUUCAGUGGGAUGGCAGGAUCAUGCCUUAAUAUUAUGUUUAGUGGGAAAACAUCAUUUUUCCGAUCCUUGCCAGCAGUAGAGCACUUCAUAUUCAUUCAUGUUAUCUUAUUCUGGUGUUGAUGCUAAUGCCAAGGACCUCAGCAAAGAAAGGGACUUACACAUGUUUUUAGAGGUAAUAAAGUAUGUUGGAGGAAGUAAUGAAGGAUGUUAGAUAAGAGAUUGAAUGAGGCUAGAGGGAUGAAGUAAGUGGGUCAAAGACAGAAGGCAAAAUAAAGGGUCCUAUGCACGCUUUCUCGAGAGUAAGCACCACUGUAUUCAGUGGAUUUAUAGGUUCCGGAUGUGUAUCAGUGAAGAAGGGAUCUAAAGCUGUUGACCAGGUGUAAGCCAAAGACAUGGAGGUCUGGACCCUAGAGAGUAGAAUGAAUACCCUCUAGAGAACAGCAUGAAUACCCACAUUUUGAAGAAAGCCUUUUACAAUCUAGAGCACCCAAUAAACAUAGUCAUUAGAUUAUGAGAACAAAUAGCUUUGAUUCUGUAGUCAGAUGCAUGGAGGAGGUCUCCUCUGAUCAAGACCAUUUCAGGAAUACCGUAUUUUUCCGUGUAUAAGACUAGGUUGUUGUUGUUUUUUACCAAAAAAAUUAGGUUUAAAAUUGGGGCUCGUCUUAAACACGGGUAGUGCUGAGGGGGUGUUUUCUUAAUUUGGAGUCCCCCAACAUAGGGGGUGUCUUAUACAUGGGGGCAUCUUAUAGACGGAAAAAUACGGUAAUUGGGUUUCAGUCUAAUUAUUUUAGACAAGCAUUGUCCUGUUAAAAACAAUCCCAUAUGAAAUGCUUGCAACAAAACUGUAAUUUUUUUUUAAACAUUUAUACUGUAUUCUUGUUCAUUUCCCCACCCACCCCUUCUAUCAAGUUAAUCACAGUGUUCACAUCCUGAUUAUGGUCACAAUGACCAUUGAUUCUUAAACACUUGCUCGGUCUGGUUGAGAACUGCAAUUUUCUGUCAUAUUUAAUCUGUACUGAGCUUAGGAAUUUCCUAUAUAAAACCUCAUAAUGAUCAUUUGGUACUGUCUAUAUAUACAUUUUAAAAAAUAAGCUUGAUACAUGUUUAGAAUAAGAAAGUAAAUUACGUACUGAAACUCAGUUGAAAGGAAAAAAGGUAGCAUUUCAGUGCUGUGGUUUUAUAGGGUUGCCAUAUUUCAAAAAGUUGUUGAGCAACCCUAGGUUUUAGAACCACCCACCCCUUAUACUGUAUCAUAUCACAUUCUGCAUGUGUUUCAAAAGUGGUUUACCAUGUGAAAUUUGGAGAAGGGGGCUGCUAUUCAAGAAAUAUAAGCCUAAAGCCUCUUGGCUAAGGGAAUUAGCUGGGUGGUCCUGGGCUGUGUUUCUAAAACCAAUAGCUUUAUAUUCACAUGACACAACCGAACAGAAGAUUUCCAUCUGAACUCAAAUGCAUCUGAACUAAAAUUGUCUUCCACCUACCCGAUCCUGGCACUAUACCUUGGCAGAACAGCAUAGUAGAAAUCCAGCUUUGUCAGUCAUGUCAGUGUUGGGAAGGUUGCCCCUAUUGAAUGCCUGCCUGUUCCACUGCUGUCAUAUGAGCACACAAAAAAGUCACCCUAAAUGUUUCUUCAAAAUUUAAACUACUCAACCGAAAAAAUGUCGGAAACCUACAUUUACUGUACAUUUGAGCUGCUGGUGAAGAAGGUAAAUAAAGACCAGAUCUCAUCCUAAAAUGUUGACUUCUUCCUGUUCUUCUGCCAUUCCCACCUGCAUUUGCCUAUUUGCUGUCUUCAUGACUCUUGAAUAGCUGGUGUUCAUCACCUUGUCCUCAUGAAAUUAAUGGCAAAACCCCCAUAUAGGAUCAGCCUCUGUGCUUUUUAACUACUGCUGAAGAGGCAUCAGUUUCAGCCAGUUUAUUGGUACAGAGGACUUGGCAAGGCACCUUAACAAGGGCAGAACCUCAAAACUUGGUUGCUUGUCACCAGCUGCAUGUUACCUCCAGGAGUAGCAGUUGAGAAAGACAUGCCAAAAUCCUGGUUCUGAAGAUAACACUAGACAGUUGCCCAAAUUUCGUUUUAUGUGUGAGUGCUAACACUUCCGCAGAAAGCCUAUCAGAUAGAGAAUGUCAAAGCUAAUUGAUUUAAUUUUAGUUCUGGGGCAAAUGCACUUGACCUAGAACUGAAAGCAGAGCAAUUAAAUUUAUGACUGAUUCUUCCACUUCUCCUUUGACUUACCGAGAAAGCAAUAGAGCUGGCAGGCCUGAGCAUGAGUCCCAAGUACUGUACCUGUAUGGUGGUGGUCACAGAUUAUGUUGGUUUCAUUUGUGUCUGAUUAAAAUAGGGAGAUUAACACUUUCUCUAAUCUUGUGAAGUGUUUACAAGUUUUUGCCUCUGUCAUGUCACAUUAAAUGCCUUUUACCACUA